CCUUUCACUGCAACUGAGGGUUGGAGUCAUGGCUCGCACGAAGCAGACGGCGCGCAAGUCGACCGGCGGCAAGGCCCCGCGCAAGCAGCUGGCCACCAAGGCGGCCCGCAAGAGCGCGCCGGCCACGGGCGGCGUGAAGAAGCCGCACCGCUACCGGCCCGGCACGGUGGCCCUGCGCGAGAUCCGGCGCUACCAGAAGUCCACCGAGCUGCUGAUCCGCAAGCUGCCGUUCCAGCGGCUGGUGCGCGAGAUCGCGCAGGACUUCAAGACCGACCUGCGCUUCCAGAGCUCGGCCGUCAUGGCGCUGCAGGAGGCGUGCGAGGCCUACCUGGUGGGGCUCUUCGAGGACACCAACCUCUGCGCCAUCCACGCCAAGCGCGUCACCAUCAUGCCCAAGGACAUCCAGUUGGCGCGCCGCAUCCGCGGCGAGAGGGCCUGAGCCACACGGUCUCCCACUCCUUCCCAAAGGCUCUUUUCAGAGCCACCACAUGUGCUGAAAAGGCCUGUUUCCCUGCACGGGUGUGCCCCAUUUCCGGGCAUUUCACAGUUGUGGUUUCUAAGUAUGUACAAGAUACCUUAUAGGUGCGUUUUCCUCCUUUGUCUUGAUAGGCGGCCCGGGUUGUAUUUUACUUAGCUUUACCUGUUCUUGUCUGGCGACCAUCUCAGAACAGUAAAGAACUUAGACUUAGCAUACAGUGAGACUACCUCCAAGAUGUAUCCUCCACUUUGUGAAACGGAUGGAAAGAAAUUUCUAAAUUACAUGGUACUUUACAAUUGCAUAGUAGGGUCACAGCUAAUUGUUAAAACCAUCGACCACAAUCAGGCUAUCUGCCUUCCUGUAAGUGACUUUAUGGUGAGUAGAACCUGGGAUGUCCACAGCUGGAAUUUAGAAUGAUGCCAUGAUUUUAUCAAAUAGAAAUGUCCUAAUACCUUCCAAGAAAAAGUAUAUACUGUCUGUAAUCUAGGGAAUUUGGAGGAAAGCAAGUGCCCUCCCUUGCAACUCCUUUCCUCAAUGCCAUGGUGAUCCAAUCUAAGGCCCAAUUUCUAACCAGAUUGAUGUUCUUGAGUGCAAACAGUGCCUUCCUUUCAUAUGGGCUGGGAAGCCGCUAUUAAGAAGGGCCCACACAUUGCGAAGUCCCUGUCCCCACUGAACAAUACUCUUGCUGCUGGGUAGAGCCCCCUCUCCUUGAGAUAUGCAGUCAGUAUAAUUUUCCAAAUUAGUCUUUCGGUUUUGAUUAAGUGAAGAUUUAUUCAGGAGCAACACGUGGUUCUAGUUCCAUGGACAUUUUUACUUCUGUGGACAUGGAUACUCCAUGCUUCUCAAAACACUCCUUGUGCAAAACUGAUCAUCUCGUGGCUUUCCACCUAAGCUCUUUCUGGGCUUUCAAGGUUCUCUCGUAACCAUAUGCCAGGACUUUAGUUUUUCUGUAGGAAUGACACACAAACAAAUAUUUAGUGACACCAGAUCAUUUGGGCUCUGCUACCAUGUAGAUGGUGGGAGCAUCUACUAAGAUAUCUCACUGGAGUAGUGAUAGUGGUGAUCAGUCCGAGAUGCAUUUAGGGUUCCCUGGAGAUCUACAAGAAUGAAUAUGCACAUCUGAGCUCAGGAGAUACAGUCUGGGAUGGACAUAAAGAUUUGGGAGUCAUUAGUCUAUAAAUAGUAUUUUAAACCAAGGGAGUGGCCUGCAGAUCCCCUCCGGUUCCAUCCUUCUCUUGCAAUCUCCACUCUACUGCCAGUAUCAAACUUCGUGUCAUUUGCCUGAACAUUUCACAAGCCAGGAGUCUUGCUCAUUCUCUGCUGUGAUUCCCAACUUUCCUCUAAUUCCCAAUUUCCUUUAACCGUUAGGUCAGAUGUUCCUUCACACAGAUCUUACUCCUCUUUGCGCUCCUAAUACCCUAUGCUUAUGUCUCUUGCUACAUUGUAUUUUCAUUAUUUGCUUUUGCCUGAUUCUUCCCAUUAGACUGCAUUUCUUUUGGACAGGCCAUGGUUUAUUGGUGUGUCCUUAAUGCAUUGUACUUGAUCAUGAAAUAAAAAUUUAAAGAAAGUGUAAGUACAUUAAGAUUC